AUGAGUUCCGGAUUUAUAUCGGAAUCAGAAAUCUUGGAGGCGCGGCGGCGUCGACAAGAAGAAUGGGAAAAAGUCCGCACUGAAGAUCAGCCUAAAGAGGCCCCGGAGGAGCCAUAUGAUACUCGACCCCUUUACCAACGCUUGGAAGAACAGAGGCUUAAAAAAGAAGCUGAAUUUGAAGAGGCACACAAACUUAAGAACAUGAUAAGAGGUCUUGAUGAUGAUGAAGUAGGUUUCCUUGACUUGGUUGAGAGGACAAAAGCAGAAGUUGCACAACAGAUCAGUAUUGAGGAGAAGAAAGAGAUGCAGGAGUUUCGAGAGCGAGUGUCAAACCUGGCAGAGAGUGAGGAGAUAAUUCGUCUCCGUGCACAACUAGCACCCGCAAGGACUACACCUGCCGCAGCUCAAAAACAGAAGAAUAAAUUGCAGGGCGUUGUUAUAAGAAAGAGGAAAGCGAGUGAAAUGGAAGGAGAAAAAGACAAGGAAACUCCACCACAGAAAAAUGGAAAUGAUAAUAGUGUAAGCAAUAUAGUAGUGGAGUCGGAGACCUUAGGAGCGAUGAGGUCUGUUGCGGUGUUACCCGGUCUGGGACAUUACACGGACACAUCCACUGACACUGACGACUCUUCGGAUGAUGAGCAUGAAAAAUGUGUAAAAAGAGACCUACUAGGAAGGAGACCGGAGCAAGUAGCAGAUAAAAGAAAAGAUGAUUCAUGUUAA